AUGGCUAGUGAUCAAGAAAACUCACAAGAUGCAAAUGCUCCUGAUGAUACUUCAGAAAAAGAAAUUACACGAGGCAUCACUAUUAUGAAGAGUAUCAUUCGUGAUAGAGAUAAAGCAGUAACAUAUAAUGUAAAUUGGAAUGCUGAUAACCAACUAAUUGGGUCUAAUGCUGCAAAGUUGGCAAGCUACAUUGGUACACUUGUUCGUAUGCACAUUCCAAUCACUGCUACAAGAUGGAGUAAUAAAGAGUUGGGUAGCGCUAAAGAUAAGAUUUGGACUGAGAUACUGAGGUCUUUUAACAUUGAAGAUACAACUAUCCGAAAAAAGUAUAUACUUCAAUUGGCCGGAAAAAAGACACAGAGGGUGGAGAACGUUUUUAACAAACAAUUAGACGAGACGAAAAGUGACGCAACAUCACUUCCGCCACAUGUUUUGUGGAAAGAAGCUCGUGUGGGAAAGGAUGGAACUGUUAGGGAUGACGUUCAACAUAUUUAUGAUGAAUGUGAGACCCUAUCUCAAUCGAUAAGCACAGCUGAGGACCAGGAGAACAGGAGCGUACUUAGUAGAGCACUAAAUGUUCCUGAGUAUCCCGGUCGGGUGAGGGGUAAAGGGCAUGGUUGUACUCCAACUUCCUUGUAUAAGAAUCCAAGGAGAAGAAAUCCUAGCAAUCAAGAAGUGAUGGAGACGUUGCAGGCAUUACAAGCGCAAGUUCUUCAAUUGCAAAAGGAUAAUGAGAGAUAUAGGUGUAUGGAAAAGUGCAGUUCACAGUUGAAAGAAACUAGUGAGAAAGCCAGUAUCAAUUGUCAAAAUAAAUUUCCCGAGGGCAUUUCAUCUUGUCAGCUAUACUUAUCGUCACCGACUUAUCGCCUAGUUGGCAAGGGAAAAGUGCACAACACUUCGGGAGAUUUACUUCACCAUAGACCGCUCCCGGAUGGACACCUUAAAGUAUCAGUUGAUGUUGUAUUAGAUAAGGAUGCGUUGCUACCGAUACCUGACAUUGUUUCAGAGACAACAUUGCUGCGAGAUGCAAUAGGAUCAUUUGUUGCAUGGCCCUUGGAUCUCAUUUUCAUUGAUGAUGAGACGCCUACAAAACCCGCAUCUAAGGAUAAAGGGAUUUUGCGGCACAACGAGUCUGUUGCAUCACAAAAAGAGGUAUUUGCUCAAGGGUCACAACAACUGAGCCAGAAAAUUGGUAGUCGACAGAAAAACAAAAGGGAUCUUCCAGUGACUUAUUUGCCAAAAAAAGGUGCUUUUGUGCCUCGAUACCAGAUAUCUCUUGAAACACUUGUUGACUCAUCAGAUAUGGCAACAGCUGGUGCUAUUCGCUUACUGGAUAUGGAGGAAGAUAUCUUUGGUUAUUCAUGCACUGAAACAAUCGGAAAAGAAGAUCUGGAACAUAUUUUUCGGCAUCAAGAAUUAGGCGUCGGUGUUAUACACACAUACAUCCGGUUCUUGUAUGACAAUUUCAUGCGCGGGAAUGAUCAAUUGUCAAACAGAUUCCGUUUCGUGUCUUCCUCCCUGGUCAACAAAGCAUUAAUUUGUAGGGAACCGGAUUCAUGUAGAGAGUACUUAGUCAAGAGAUUCAUGGCCAGCAGUACAAACAACUUGUAUCUUUGGCCGUAUAAUUCAGGGUGUCACUGGUUGUUGCUUGCUAUUGAUCCUUUAAAAGAAGUGGUAUAUUUUCUGAAUUCGAUAGAUGGUGAAUGGACAAAUUAUCCGGAUAUGAAGCAAUUAGUUGAUACAUCAAUAAAAGUGUUCCGAUCUCAAAGACAAGCUCGAGUACCACGUACUAAAUCCAGCAACAUUACGUGGAUAAAAGUGCAGUGUCCUCUACAGCGCAACGGUAUCGAUUGCGGAUACUUUGUAAUGAGGUUUAUGAGGGAAAUCAUUAAUAUGAAUCAAAUAGAGAUUCCAAUCACGAUAAGCCACGGUUUGUUCAAAGAAAUUUCAGCACUGUCCAGUAGUGUGAGAGGUUAG